ACCUGAACACAUCACAAGCAACUUCUCUGUGAUCAUUUAGAUCUCUUGUCAACGGAUACUUUAAACACAGAUUUUUGGAGGAAUGAAUGCCAUGGACAACAUGACUGAUGACUACAGCCAAGACGACUACGACGAGGCAGCAAACAGCUCAAUGUGUGACUUUAAUGAGUGGGAACCAUCAUAUUCACUGAUUCCUGUGUUCUACAUGCUUAUCUUCAUCCUGGGCCUCACUGGUAAUGGUGUGGUCAUCUUCACGGUGUGGCGGGCCCAGUCCAAGCGCAGAGCUGCGGAUGUCUACAUCGGAAACCUGGCUCUUGCUGACCUGACCUUUGUGGUGACUCUGCCUCUGUGGGCCGUCUACACUGGCCUGAGAUACGACUGGCCCUUUGGCGUGGCCCUCUGCAAGAUUAGCAGCUACGUGGUGUUGCUCAACAUGUACGCCAGUGUCUUCUGCCUGACCUGCCUGAGCCUAGACCGCUACAUGGCCAUCGUGCACUCGCUCACCAGCACACAGCUGCGGACCAGAGGACACAUGCAGGCCUCGCUGGCCACCAUCUGGCUUCUCUCAGGUGUGCUGGCUGCACCCACCCUGCUUCUCCGCACCACGGUGUACGACGCCGAAACCAACCACACCUCCUGCGCCAUGGACUUCAGCCUGGUGGUGAGCAAACCGGGCCAGGAGACCUUUUGGAUUGCGGGCCUCAGCAUCUCCUCUACGGCUCUUGGCUUUCUGAUCCCCCUUCUGGCAAUGAUGGUGUGCUACGGGUUCAUCGGCUGCACCGUCACACGUCACUUCAACAGCCUUCGCAAGGAGGACCAGCGCAAGCGUCGCCUGCUCAAGAUCAUCACCACAUUGGUGGUGGUGUUUGCUGCGUGCUGGAUGCCCUUCCACGUCGUGAAGACCAUGGACGCCCUCUCGUACCUGAACCUAGCGCCUGACUCCUGCACCUUCCUGAACCUCCUGCUGAUGGCCCAUCCCUACGCAACCUGCCUGGCGUACGUCAACAGCUGCCUCAACCCGCUCCUCUACGCCUUCUUUGACCUCCGCUUCCGCUCUCAGUGCCUUUGCCUCCUCAACCUGAAGAAAGCCCUUCACGCCAGCCCCGCCAGCUCCCUCUCUUCACAGAAGACCGAGGCCCAGUCGCUGGCUACUAAGGUGUGAGGAGGUGGGUGGAAGGGUGACACAGAAUUGGGGUAACAAGUCAACAACUUCCCUCAAACUCUUACAUCCUUCACAAGAACUCAAAGGUAACUCUGUUUGUUGGGGACAAGAAGACUUUCCUUUUGUAUCUGACUGUGGGAACUUGAGGAACCAGCUUCUCCUGUCCCGGGACUAUGCGUUGGUACUCUGUGUAAUAUAAAGGAGAGCGUUCUGGUUCUGAAGAACUUGAUGCAGUCUGUUUGUCCUGCUGUCUCUGAGACCACAAGCAGCUUCUGGAAAGCAGACCCCCCUCCGACAGCUGUGCUCCAGACGUGCGGGACACAGUUGAAUGUACAUUGAGGAGGACGAGCGAGGGCUUUUCUGCUUGCCUCUGCAUCUCUCGCGGCUCCAGAGAUUUGGCUUCACAGACUCUGCUGUUACUUUGGAGCUGCAGGGUGGUGGGUGGCCCACGGAAGGCUUUGAGAACAAUUUAUGAACUCUUUACUUUUAAAACUGUAUUAGUGCAUUUAACCAUGCUCCUUACCCUUUGGUUGCUUGAUUAUUUUUUUGUCCAUUAAGCACUUGUUCGUAAGGGGCAGUGAUAAGAACCCUGGUGGCCAGUCUGUCUUAUCUAAACUGUCAAGAUAGGGGAGGGAGGGAUGGGAGCCUUACAUGAGAAGAAGUGUUGCAGCUUGAUUAAAGACUUUCAAGGGGGGAGGUGGGUGUUUUGGGGAGACGAAAACAUGGAGGGGGGUAAACUCAGACAGACAGAUGGCAGUUGACAAAUGUUGUUGGGGAAAAGGGACGGCCAAUUAAUAGGUGGCAGCUUCGACAGAUGAGAUACUGUGCGUGCGAGUGUGAGCUAAUGAAAUGUGCUAGUCAACUUUUAUUUUGAUAUUGUGGAAAACACUGCUGUAUGAUUCUUUUAUGCAGUACUUUAUGAAUAAAAUGUGUAUUAUGAA